AUGGACGCCCUCAGGAGAGCGCUCCGGCACCCGGCGGAGGCGAAGCAGAAGCGCGAGGGCGCGCGGCACGACGCCCGGAAGCGGCAGAUCAGCCGGCCGCUCGAGAGCCUGCCGGGCGGGCGGCCGGACCACCAGGCGGCCGCCUUCCGCGACCACAGCAACCACAGCAGCAGUAGCAGUAGCAGUAGCGACAGCGGCCGCGGCCGGCUGACGCCGCCGCACCAGCGCCCGGUCGCCACGGCGCGGCGGCCGCCCUUCGCGCCGCAGGCGCAGGCGCGCGACGCGACGCUGGCGACGCUGGACCCGGGGCGGCCGGAGGGCCUGGCGCAGCUGGUGCGGGAGCGGGACCGGGCGGCGCGGCAGGUGGCGCGGGGGCCGCGCACGCGCGCCGCCGGGGAGGUGCAGCGCGUGCUGCGGGAGCCGAGCGCGCGCUCCGUCGAGGCGCUGCACCGCGCGCGGCGGCGCGCCUCGCUCGAGGCCCGGUGGGGCGAGGCGCCCGCCGCGCUCGCCUUCGUCGUCGCCGAGCGCGACGUCGCCGGCACGCGCGUGCCCUCGCUGCAGCUCGUCAGCCUCGACACCGUCGCGCCCCCGCACGUCUCGCUCGUCGCGCCCGCCCCGGUCGACUGCAGCGGCCUCGGGAUCGACGAGGCGGACGAGGAAGAGGGGGAGGGGGAGGACGGCGGCGACGACGACGACGACGACGGCCGCCCGCGCUCGCUCGACGUCGCCGCCGAGGAGGAGUGGGAGGUGCGCGAGGCCAAGGUGAUGAAGAUGACGAAGCUGCCGGCCGCGCACGUGCGCCUCCCGCGGCAAGCGAGCCCGAUACAACGCCCGGCAGCCCCGACACCAGCCGGCUCCCGCCGUCCGAGGUAA